UUGGAGUGACAUCACAGACACAGGAAACAGCGAAAACAAAUGGCAUGACUUGACGCUGUUUUGGUGUUACUUAUAGUAGAAACUGAUAAAGUUUCUGUGUCAACGAUGGACGCAGACGCUGCAGCGCAAGGGUUCAGGUGACGCGUUCUGACAGAAAACGUGCUCCAGGACGCACCAACACUCAGAAUGAUCAAACUCACAUGUCGUGCAGCUGGUCGUGUCCUCUGUCCCGGUCUGCGCUGCUUCUCUGGAGGAGAAGUGACUGAACAUGCAUCUGGAUGGAUACAAUCUCCACAUCUCACAGAGCAGGCGUCUCUCUAUGUACACUGGCCUUAUUGUCUCAGGAGGUGCUCCUACUGCAAUUUCAACAAGUACAUACCCAAAAAGAACAAUGACCACAUCAUGACUAAGUGCCUUCAGUGGGAGACUGACACAUUGCUGCAGCUCAGCCAAGUAUCUUGCAUCACCUCUGUGUUUUUCGGUGGUGGGACUCCAAGCCUGACUCACCCAUCCACCAUUGCUGCCAUCCUCGAAACUCUUUCUAAGCGAAUGAGUCUUUCCGAUGAGGCUGAAAUCACGCUUGAGGUCAACCCUACUCCUGCGGGGAUGUCAAAGCUUGAUGACUUCGUCCGAGCCGGGGUGAACCGCUUCUCCAUUGGGGUUCAGUCUUUGCAGGAUGAGGAUUUGAAAAGUUUGGGAAGGGACCACAGUUCUCAAGAAGCUUUGAAGACUAUUGAAGAGGCCAGGAGGCUGUGCCCUGGCAGGGUGUCGGUGGAUAUCAUGUUCGGACGGCCCAAACAGACAGUUGAAUCCUGGGAAAAGGAGUUGUCUGAGCUGCUGAGGAUUUGUGAUGACCACGUGUCUCUGUACCAGCUGACUCUGGAGAGAGGCACUCAGCUUUUUAAACAGGUACAAUGUGGAGAAGUGACCGUCCCUGCUGAAGACGUGACAGCAGAGAUGUACCAGUGUGCUAGGAAGACUCUCCAGCAGCACGGAUUUCUGCAGUAUGAAGUCUCUAAUUUCGCAAGACAUAAUUCUGUGAGUCACCACAACAUGAGCUACUGGAGAGGAAAACAGUACAUCGGUGUCGGCCCAGGAGCACAUGGGCGGUUUGUCCCGCUCGGGGAGGGUGGAGUUUUUCGGGAAGCCCGGACCCAGACUCUGGAGCCUGACGUGUGGAUCCGUGAGGUCCAGCAGAGGGGACACGGGACACGGAGGCGGAUUCAACUCAGUCGUCUUGAACUAUUGCAGGAGGUGCUGGUGAUGGGAAUGAGAAAGACCAGAGGCAUUAGUCACAAGCACUGGGAGCUGUUUAGCCCUGAAAUGGGCCUCUGUGAAAUCUUUGGUGCAUCUAUGGAUGUCCAACAGCUGGUGCAGAGUGGACAACUGAUUCUUGAUGACAGGGGGCUGUGCUGCUCCUGGGACGGACUGGCCUUACUGGACAGCAUACUUCCAACUCUUCUGGUGGAGCUGGAAAGACAAAUUCUUCAGAAGCCACACAGAGACCACUCCGUGUUUACUGAUGGACAAACAAAGAAAACUUCCAACCCCCAAUGACAUUAAAGUUAUAGUGCAAAUACCUUCAUAACAAGCUUGUUUUUGGGUUUGUAUGUGGCUGAAAAAACAUAUAAAAAGAGUAAAGACACUACUGCAAAUCAG